AUGAAACACACUGUGUAUGACCCCAAGUACGAGGAUACGCUCGUCCAGGCGAUGCAUAUGGUCGACGACUGUCUGCUCAUUCCGCCCACGCUCGAGCAAACACCCGACAUAUCCCGCUUCAGAGAGACCUCCCAAAGGAUACUCCGCUCUCGGCAGGGCGAAGGCCUUGACAAAGAUAACCGAGCGCGAGUACUACUAGAACACUACGUUCUCGCGCCACUGCAUGCGGAAACGACACACUACCCUGUGACGCCUGCGAUGCUCGCGUUGUUGGGUCACCGCGGCGCGGCAGGACCCAGCCAAGUUCUUCGAGACCCACUCCAUACACGCCCGCACCGACCUCCUUCCUCCCAUGUACUGAAUAGGGACCUCGAGCUCGAUGCGCAGUUCAAGCUGAAGAAGCCGGGAACGAUAAAAAACGGGCCGACUUGCGCGUUUGGAUGCGAGAAGGACUCAGCUGUUGCUACCAAGAGCAGAAAUGACGAGGACGCAGUGCCCGCAAGGCUGAAGUCCUCGCGCAUGGUCCUAACCACCGCCGGCGAGGGCCGAACCGGUCGCCUUAUUGUCGUGCUCCUCACGACGUACGACGCAUAUCUCGACACCAUGAAGACCAUCAUGUACGACCCCAGAUACCAGGAUGCUCUCGUCCAGGUGAUGUAUAUGCAAGUCCAAACCCUUUCCGGGCGCGACGCCUAUUGGCGCCUGCCCCUGCUGAUCGACCUUGAGGCGCUCGUCAUGCAGUCCAAAGGCGACAUCACGUCAGGAGACACAAGUCACUCCUUGUUUCUCAUCCGUGCGGAGCUCUACGCGGAUGAUAUGCUGCUCUACGCCGAGCAGACGCAGGCCGAUGGCAGGCUCCUGCCGCCAAUCUGGGCGGACCACAAGUUCGUGCCUGUCGUGUUCGGGGACCUCACGCAGAUCUCUGCGUAUGUGGUUACGUUGGAGCGACCGCAUGGGCUCGUGGACGAUGUGCGGAUUGAGUUUACUGUCACAGACGGUGAGUAUCUGCUUGCGGCUCUAUGGCGUAAUCUGAUAUUUGCGCAGGCCCUCCGCUCACCGCCUCGAGCGCAGAAGAUUGCCCUAACGGCUCAUCAGGUGCUCGGCACAAAGGUGGAGUUCAAAAGCAUCGACGAAGCAACCGCGAAGGAGAUCCUCAGCUCCACGCAGGACGAAGAAGUCGACGAAGGCGCACCUACCCACCCCCCUUCUGUUUCCGAGUCCAACGCGCGAUUGCUGACCCCGACCGUCUCCCGUGAAUCUCCAGCUGAGCGCGAGUACCUGUUCGAGUAA